UUACAUAUGAAGAUCUGGAGUGGAUAUUAUACCUAUAUAGUUAUCGCGAAAACAUCGAUGACGAUGUAUAGGUAACUCGUAUAUUAUAGAUCUCGUCGCACAAAUCCGUUGGUGGGUUGUUAGGUAGGUGGGUGGGUAGGUGACUGGGUUUCAGGGUGGAUGCAUGUGUUUCGCUGUAUAGAGCGCCACAAUAUUUUAACGCGCAAGGCGUUUGAACAGGUGUCUGCGCGAUGUUAUUGUAACAAGUGUCGGACGAUGGUCGUGCGGUGAAGUGAGGGGUGAGCGGAAGAAACGAACGCAGCACGUGCUGCUGCUGCCUCGCGGUAUACAAACGCGCCAAUUGAUCAAACUCGCAGCCGAGUACUUGUGUCAUGAUAGGGACGGUAAGCUCAACUGAGUCAGCGAGGUCUUUUUACGCACGCCAAAAAUAUAAGAACAGUCGCCAUCAUAAUUUCUGUUUCCGUCGCCAACUGCAGUCGAGGUCCGUCCGUCGACCGUCGCUGUCAUAAAAUCUAACAUUUUUAUCAUAGAACAUUCGCGUAGGAUAUAUUCAUAUAAUAUUAUUGCAAUAUUGCUAUCAAUUAUAUGUAUCGCAACUAUCGAGACACCAUGAGGGCAAGUGGUUUUCAAAGGUUCGAUUCGUUGGCGAUGGACAAUAAUUGCAGCAACGCGCGCCGGCAGUUAAUGGAACCAAAAAUGAUAAAAGAAGAAGCGAUCGAACGGGAUUCUGGUAUUCUGACAGACGAAACAGGUAUAAAUAACAACAAUAACAAGGAAUCCGCAUUCAGAAUUCACAUUCGUAAAUCAAAAAUCAAAUCCAAAGAUGCGGGCUUCUCGUCGACGUCCACUAGCGAUUCGUCCGGCGAACACUUACUGAGUCCUACGCACCCGUUACCGGCACGAAUCGAUGUUGAAUCUGAAAGUUCGAGUCCGCCGUCUGACACGUUCAGGAAUCACUCCAAACUCAAAAGGUUUCUUACAACACUGGUGCAAUUCAGUGGACAGAUAUCGCCGCAAACUAGUGAACGAGUUAAGGGUCAGAUAUUCACUUUAGUGAACAAUUUGAUAAGUGUUGAAGAAUUUCAUCAUAAUAUACAAGAAAUGACUAACUUCCCAUUACGACCAUUUGUUCUGCCAUUCUUAAGAACUCACUUACCUUUGCUACAACGUGAUCUGCUAUUAAUGGCUCGCAACAAUAAACAGACGUUAAGCCAGUACCUGAAACAGCACGAGAAUGCGUACUUGGACCGAGAUUCACAGGCCACCGAACCAUCGGAAAUCUUCCACCAGGUGGAGCGAGUCCCUCCACCAUCGCCAAUGCCACGCGAGAACAACAACAACAACAACAAUAGUAAUGGAAAUAACAACAAUAGCAAUAGCAGCAGCAACAACAACGGCAUCGUCGGAAACGGCCACAAGCGACCGUACCCUUUGGUUGACAGCUACUACGAAACCGGUGGUUACGCGGCUGACCUAGAGUACCAGCAGCCUUGCAUCAAGCGACCUAACCUCGGCUACGCUAUACCAUUCAUGUACCAUCAUCCGCACCUUCACCCGCAGGAACCACCACCACCACCACCGCUGCCACCACCUCCUUCACAUCCGUACAACAUACUGCCACUACUGCACAUACGUGAGUCGGAAGACCACAAGGGUCACGUGGAGGAUGAAUGGAAAAACAUACACGUGAUGUUGAAUUGUAUACUAAGCAUGGUGGAAAAAACAAAAAAAGCGUUGGGUAUACUCCAGGAACGGGGCAUGACUGAGACAAGUUUUCCAGACUGGAACAGAAAGAAAUCGACUGAAGAAAUUUUGGCGCAGACAGUACGUAAUACGGAAGAAAGAAUCGAAAUCAUCAAAAAGAAAGCUGAGGAUUCGAUGAAUGAGAUACGACAUCAGGCUAUGAUAGAAUUGCAAAAGCUCGUGUUGGCAGCCGAAAACAAAAUGAUUGAUUUAGUGUCCACGGAAAAGACGAAAAUGAGCAAUAACUGCAGGAAUUCAGGCACUGCCAGUCUACAGAUAUCGCCGUCAUUGAUUUCGCAGUAUAACAGCUGUUGGAACUGCGGCCGAAAGGCGAACGAGACGUGCAGCGGAUGCAACACGGCGCAGUAUUGCAGUUCGUUCUGUCAGCACAAAGACUGGGAGACGCAUCACCAGACAUGCUGCGUGCACUCGGCCGCUGCGGCCACCGCCACAACCAUAGUUGAUGCGGCUUCGUCACCCGGUAAGAAACAACAACAACCGCCGCCUCCGUCAUCAUCCACAACCGCCGCUUCUUCAUCGUCAGCUGCAGACGAUUUAUCCACAAACCGAGCGCAAUCGACGGCAGCGGCCACGGCGUUGUCGUCGUCACUUAAGGCAGACGAACAUGCGUCGCAGCAAUCAUCGGUAACCACUACCACUGCCACUGCGACAACGACCACCGUUACCACGACCACGACCACGUCGACUACCACGACGACGACGGCCGUCGGCUCGAAACAACAACAAUAGCAACUCGGCGGCGGUGACAUAGACAACGACGCCGACGAUGAUUGUGAUCCAGCCGCUGGAAUCGCCCCCUCUCGUCGCCGUCACCGUCGCCGCCAUCAUCACCGUCAAAACCUGCACCGCAGACGAGUAGAAGCAGGUCUUCUGGCUUGCAGCACCACCGGCCUCGUACCGCGGGAAUACUAUCAGUAGGGAAUUAGGAAAAGUAGAACGACGAUCGGGGUUAAGACGCCAAACUAUAUAUAACCCCGUACCAUUAAAAACAGAUGGAUUUUAAAAAUCAAAAAAUAAAAUUAACUCAAAAAAUUUACAUUGCACUUAGAAGAUUCUAUAACAUUGAAACAAAUGCCGUUUAUGUCCCAAUAACUGAUUACUUGUUUGACAAAAAUGUCUCUACUACGUCGGUGUUCCUUGAAUAAUAUGACGAUAACGAAAAUUGCAUGGGUCUUACCUCUAACAAAAUAGUCACAGUCCCAUUCCCCUACUCUCACUCAUCAACAAGAAACACCUGGUUAAAAUUCAUCCAUUUAUUAUGGCGCACUCUGUAUGUAUCGUUAUGCACGCGAUACCUUCAUAAAACCCAUAUAACUUUCAUGAAUUUUGCUCUAUUUAUAAAUAGAUAUAAUUUAAACAGUUCGUAGGUAGCCAGUUAUAUCAAAACAAUUUUUUCAAAAGAAAAAAAUGAAAUUCAUCUCGAUUUUUAUCUUGAUAUAUUUUCCAAAUUUUAUCCUUGGUAUAGUAUAUUGUUAAAUGAUACAUUUCAUCUAGGUAUGUCGAAUUCCACUUAGAAAUUUUAAUUAAUACAAUAUAAAUGAUAAAUUAUACAUACUCGAUUUUUUAAUUUAACAACCCGAUUUAACAAAUUCUUCAAAAUAAUAGCUGAAAACUAGAUGUUUUAUUAUAAUUAUAAAUUAUAAUAUUAUAUAAAACUGUAUAAAUUCAAUAAGUAAUCUACACUAUUCUUUUUUACCAAUUUAAUUAAAAUAUUUUGUUUUACACAACCAAAAUUAAUUUUAUCUAUAUUUAUUAAAUGUUGAAACCGUGUGUUAGUACUCUGUAUCACCGCACUUUAUCUAUACAACAAUGUCUUCGUAACAUUAGUGUACGAAAUAUAUAUGUGAUUAUCCAUUAAAUGUAAAACAGUUAAUAUUUUAGAAUUAUUAAAUGUUUUUAAUAAUAUUUAUUUUACAUAAUUUUAAGUCCAAUUCCCGACCCCGCCACACGUAUAUUGCUCAAUUAUAUCCUUCUGAUUUUUACUACUAUAUCUGAAUCGUUCAUACUUACUAUUUCUUCAUAUUUUCUCAUAAUUUAGUUUUUUCUAGGACCUAAAUAUUGUAACACCUCUCUUUCAAAUCUCGCAAGGCUUUGUUCAACGAUUUUUGUAGCCCAAGUUACAAGUACCCGACUCAAUUAUUUGUACUCCUAAAUGUUUGAACUAUUAAAUAUAUAUUAUUAUUAAUUAUGUACACCGUAUAGCUAAUUAUGACCAGUUUCAUAAUAUUUCGACAGAAAUGAUUGGUCGAAUACUUUGCAUAGCUUAGCCAUAUGUCGAGGACUCAAAAUAUAUUAUAAAUUUGACCAGCUGUAGGCCGUAAAGCAUUGCGAAAUGUGUUAAUAUAUAUAGUGGUGUCAAUGUGUCAUAAUCGUAAACACUAUAUUGUUUUGUUUCCACCAAAGAUGUCCGUACUAUCUAGUUGUAUUUAAUUAAAUGACGACUAAGUCCAAAUAUUUAAAUACAUUUGUUUUGACUUCUGUCAAUAUUGGUAACGACAUUUUCGUAAAACUCUCGUUUUUAUGUGCGUAUACAUAAAUACAUUAUCACCUUUUAAGUAUAUGCAAAGUAUAAUGCUAUUUAUUUCCGUUGUCGAUAUAAAAUCUAGGAUAGGUAAUAGAUCACUGUACAUAUAUAAACUCUCAACGUAAUAGCAAAAAUGGUGUAGUUCGUAUUUUAGUUUAAUUUUAUUAUAUGGUAAUAUUUUGUGUCUAUAUAGAAUAAUUUUUUUUUCUUAUACAAUUAAUAACUAUACGCACACACUGUAAGUUACAAUAUUAAAUAAUUAUUAAAAUUGGUAAAUUAAGAAUUAAGACUAUAUGAGGUCGCAUAUAGGUAUAUCAUAAACAUUUAUAUAAAUCCUAUACCUGUUAAUUGUUAUGAUCAUUAUGAUUGUAGUUAAAAUUCUUUGAUCGUUUGAGCUUUUUAAAUAUCACUACUGCAGACUGAUGGAUACAUAUUGUAUAAAAUAUAUAACUACUUGAUGCGUCAUAUCAUAAACAAUACAAAUCUCGCUCAUGCUCAUUUGAAUCUAUUAUAUAAUAUAGGUACCUAUAUCGUAUGUAUUAUAUAAUUAAAAAAAAAAAUACGUGAAGCACUUAUAACCUAAGUAUUUAUUGAAUGAUAAUAUUUGUACAAUUGUAGUAUUGUACUAACAUUGUGAUCUCAGUUACUUACAGUCUAAUUUUAAAUGUCUAUGUAGUAUGUAUACCUACUAUAAAACUUUUAUAUAGGGCUUAUUUUCUUGACGAUAAUGAAUCAUUUAAAACUAAUUUUACGAUUUACUUAUGUACCUAUAAUAUCAGAUGCGUACACCGUAGGUAUACGUAAAUGGAAACUAGGUUUAGUCAACGCUAUGUAUAAAAUAUAUUAUUAUAUUAUAAUUUACCGUUUUCGAGAACCACAUUUAGGCAACCAAAAGUUAAUAGCAUACAUUGACCGACUAGAUCUAUAACAUUUUAAAACUUAACCUGACCAAAUCAAAAUUAUAAUUAACCUCUUUUCGACUUUUCCCUUACAUCCCUCAAGAAAAAUAAUCAGUAAUAGGUAACCCAGUUUUCAAUUUUCGUGAUAAAACUACGAUAUCUAUAAUGUAGGUUGAACAUCAGCCAAAAAUAUAAUGUAAACUAAAAUUUACAAAAACGUAUACUUUUGAAAUAAGUGAUCCAUUUAUGUUAUUUUCUAAUUGCAUAGAAUAAACUUUGAGAGUGUUUAAUAAGUACCCGAACCCAACAAUUAACAUAGUAUUUACAAUUAUCGGAAUAUAAAAUAUAAAAAGAUAUGAUAAUACCUUUAUGAAUACCUUUAACGAAAAAAACGAUAUUAUAAUAUAUACCUAUUACCUACGUAUAAAAAAGUAGACAACAUUUUUUUUUUUAUUAUUAUUUUUUGAUCUUUCAUAUUGUAUCUUUAAUCUAUUUAAGACAAAGGGCAAACCAUUUCGACUUUCGAACAUAUUUAUUACUUAAUAAGCUAAAAUAAUAUUGUAUUUUGUUGACAAAAUCUUAUACAACGUACAACGCGUAUAAAUAAGAGGAUAAAACAUGCCAUAAGUACUUUUAGUACCUACUUAAAAAUUAUUUGUAUAAUUAUUAAUUUAUAUGUAAGCCGUAAGGCAUAUAACAAUAUAUCUAGCAUAUAAAUAUUGUGUAUUGUGUACAGAAGAUAAUAAUUUGUUUCGUAAAUAUGUCUGUAUAUUGUAUAUGUCCAGGGGUAGAACCAAGAAUUAAGUUAUUAUUUCUACCUGCUAGGUGCUAGACGGUUGCGAAUACUAUGUAGCAAUUUCUCAAAAUUUUAUAUCCCCAUAGUAUUCUGCUCUUAAAAUAAAGUUAUACAUCCAAGUCACCAUUAUAAUAAAUAAUUAUAAAAAAAUAAUCUAUAUCGCUUGCAGCAGCAUGAGUCUUAUAUAAGUAAAUGGCUAAGUAUAGAACAUUUAUCAUAGUACAUAUUGAUAAAUUAUAAUAUAAAGGUAUAUUAAUAAAUUAAUAUUUAUACCUACUAAUAAUAAUUAAUAUGUAUCUAUUCACUCUUACUUAACUAUGUAUAAUCUUUCAAUUUUAUGUUUCAGAAUUAAUAGAUUUAGAAAUUUGUGUUAUUUUGAAUAUUUUUAUUAUUAUAUGUGUUAUUACUUAUUAUUAUAAAUUAGCCGUUGAUCUCGUUUUGAUUUUUUUUUCUCGCAUUUAUUGUAAUCUCUAUAGAACAAUACUUAAUAACGGCACUGUUAAAUUCACAGUCUAGUCCAUAUUGUUGUCGAUCCGUACAGGAACCUUCCAAAGCAACAAAGUACACACACCACAUUUUUUUAUGUUUUUUUUUUCUUCAAUACUGUAAAUAUAAAAUAUUACAAUAGUUGUAACAUAACAAUAUUAUGCAUUAAUAAUAGUGUUUAUUGCUAAUAAACAAUAUUUAUCAAUA